AUGGAGCCCAAGCCUGACAUUCUCGAGUGCUGCGAGGACUACGUUCUCGGGGAGCACAGCCCCUAUGAGCGUAAGCAGUGGUGUGGGAUUAGGGAUCAACGUUGGGGCUGGAGCUGGCGUUGGGAAUGCAAUGGGAGCCAACAUCCGGACGCUCCAAGAAAAGCAUUGUCUCGAAACCUCCGCACUCCUGAAUUCAAUGCGCUUGCGAAUUCCCACAAGGCGUGCAGGAGACUGAGGGAGGAGAAUAGAAUGCUGAGAGAAAUAUUGAGGGUGUUAAAAGCUAUGGCGAAUGAGGAUAGAGGUGGCAUACUUAGCCGGGACAACGAAGAUGAGUCCGAUAAGACCUAUCGCUGCGAUCAAGACUUCGAGUGCUUGCCUCGCAAACAUCUUGCUUCUCUCCGCGUCUCGAUCACAAACGCUCACAUCUGUCCCCCACAGGACUCUUACCCAAUGAUCGCACUCACAUCUCCUGCAGCAUGGCAGACACCAUACUGUAUCCGCUAA